AGGUAGCGCCUAUAUUUACCAAGCAUGCCACAAUGAAAACCUAAAAAUGGGAACUGAUUUGAGCUGUGAAGCGAGAAGUAGGCUGCUUGUGAAUUACUUGUAAAUUAUGAAAUGAUAUGUGCGGAAGGUAUAGUCUUUGGGAAAAGUGAUCUGGCAGAUGCAACACAAUAUGAAACCACUUGUCAGACAGGAGGAGUCCAAGUUGCCUUCUGUUGGGACACUUCCACCGUGGGAAUCCGAGAAAUGAAAACCAUCUCACUGCACUGAGUCGGCGUCGCCGCAGAUCCACCAGAGCAGAAACCUGCCAAUUUCCUCUUUCAACACAAAUGACUGAUGAGACACCAGGCGGCUCGUCUUCUUAAGCUUUUUUCUUCUUUUGCCUGGAAAGAGUAAAUCUGACACUUCAGACCUGCAUGUGUUGAUGGUUCAGUAUUUUUUGUUGCAAGUGUGUGAACUUCAAGGUCGUCAUUAGGAAGCCAUUAUGAAAUGGGAGAAGUUAAAGCCGCCGGAGCCGGACGACCCCAUGUGUUGCUGUGAGUGUGAUCUCUACCAGUGUGGAUGCUGCUGUGACUGUGAGGAUCUGGACGAAGCCUUCAACAGGUGGCUGAGAGACAAACCACCUAAAAGCGUCUGUCAGUCCGCCGUCCUCGGGGCUGUGAUCGACAACCUGGAGAUCUCCAUGAUCCCGGCCCUGGUGCUGCUGCCUCUGCUGCUGCGGGUCGCGGCGCUGCACUACCUGCUGGGCAUCAUCAUCCUCACCGCCCUGCCCGGCCUGGUCCUCUGGUACUACUACGCCACGCACCGGAAGAAGAGGCGCACCCUCUUCUUCCUCACUCUCGCUCUCUUCUCUCUGGCCUACAUGUAUUACCUCUUCAUCACGGAGAUCUUGCCACUCGGGGACGUCAGCCGGCUGCAGGUGGGCGCUGUGACUGCUGGGAUGAUCCUCACUGUCGGCUCUCUGAUCCACACCAAGAGAGGCCCGGGGUUCGUGACCUCUGGUGAGGUGGCUGACAAGGAAUCCACACACCUCAGUGGAUGUAUCCAAUCAGCGGCCUCCUCUUCCUCCUCCUCCUCCUCCUCCUCCUCCUCCUCCUCCUCGGCCGCAGGGACUGCAGCAGAGUUGCAGACGACAAAAACGGCCUUGACGGAAAAAUGGAGCAGGUGCACUGUGUGCAAAAUAAUGCGACCCCCGCGGGCUGGACACUGUCGAACCUGCGGAGCCUGCGUCCAGCGUCUGGAUCACCACUGUGUCUGGAUUAACAGCUGCGUCGGACAGGCAAACCACCGCAGUUUCCUGCUGACCCUCGUCGUGUUCGUGUUGACCUCUCUGUAUGGGAUCGGCCUGGUACUUCGCAGCCUCUGUCCUCGUCAGUACGUGGUGACGGCUCUCCUCUACUGCCCCGGUGUCUACAGUCAGUCGAGCACAGCCCUUUGCUUCACCUGUGCUUGGUACAGCAGCAUUGUUGCGGGUGGACUGCUCUACCUGUUAGUGGCGCAGGUUAUAAACAUCAGCUUCAACGUGACGGAGCGCGAGGCUCAGCUGGCUCUGAGGAACAACACGGGCCAGAGCCGCCUGUGGGGACUCGCCAUCGACACGGGAGAGCAUUCACGUGGCUUCUGUCAGAACUGGGCUGAGUUCCUCACCAUGGCGGGAAAGUGGUACCUGAUCGGAUUUGCCACCAAUGCCCAGUGGUUUACCAAUCGCAGGGCCAGCAUGAAGAUGGGCACGGCCGUGUUCACCCCUACCGCCGAUGGGGACCUGGACAUGUCAUAUGCCAGUCUCACCCCCGAUGGUUCUUGUUGGAGAAUGAACGGCCUGGCCCAGAAGACGGAGGUGCCUGGAAAGUUCACAUACACAAGUGAGAGCUGGGAGAAUCAGAAUGACAUGCGCAUGGUUGACGUGAAGUAUGACGAGUACGCCCUGGCUCACACCAUCAAGACCAAAGAGGGUGACAUCACCAUCGUCAACAAACUAUAUGGCCGUGGAUUUGAGCUGAGCGCGGAGCUGCUGGAGAAGUUCAGGCAGUUCUCCUUGGAGACUGGCAUCCUGCCUGAAAAUAUUGCUUUCCUGCCAAAAAAUGGGGAAUGCCCAGCUGCCUAGUUUUCUGCCCCGGUCAUCGUACGUCAGCGAUGCUGCCUGAAGAAUCUUUGAUGUGAAUAUUUUACAUCUCUCAAGGUCACUGACAAAAUUUGGGCCUUUUUUUUUUCCUCCAGUUGAUUCAAUCCACUCUUUCAAAUGUUGUACUACGAAUGGCAUAAACAUGAUGUAAAAUGCUUUGCCACAAAAAAAGUGACCUGAUUUUGUUUUGUUCUCUUGAAAAAUCCAGGAUCUAUAAGUGUUCAAAUACUGUUCAAAGAUUAAACCACUGGACACAA